AUGGAUUCGUUCGCCAAAAAAGUACGAACGUUCGAUGCGUUCCCCAAGGUGGACUCUGAACACACUGUGAGGUCACAGAGAGGCGGAUUCUCCACCAUUCUUACCAUGGUUUGUGGAUUGUUCAUCUUGUGGGUUGAAGUUGGAGGAUUCUUGGGAGGAUACGUUGACCGUCAAUUUUCCGUGGACGACGAGAUCAAGUCGGAAUUAACCAUCAACAUCGACAUGCUCGUGGCUAUGCCCUGCGAGUUCAUUCAUACCAAUGUGCGAGACAUCACUGGUGAUCGGUACUUGGCCGGAGAAACGUUGAACUUUGAGGGAAGAGACUUUUUCAUACCAGAGUCAUUCAAUGUCAACAACGCCAACGAUGCCCACGACACCCCCGAACUCGAUGAGGUGAUGCAAGAGUCGCUUCGUGCCGAAUACAGAGUCACGGGAGCCAGAAUGAACGAAGGCGAGCCUGCGUGUCACAUUUUUGGCCAGAUUCCGGUCAACCAGGUCAAAGGGGACUUCCACAUCACCGGAAAGGGGUUUGGUUACAGAGACCGUCUGUAUGUUCCGUACGAGGCCUUGAAUUUUUCCCAUAUGAUCCAGGAGCUUUCGUACGGUGAGUUCUACCCGUUCAUCAACAACCCCCUCGAUGCCACCGGCAAAAUCACCGAGGAGCGUGUCCAGUCAUACGGGUACUUUUCCAAGGUGGUUCCCACCAGGUACGAGAGACUCGGGUUGAUUAUCGAAACCAAUCAGUUUGCGUUAACUGAGCAGCACCACGUCUUUCGCGUGGACGAGUUUGAUAAACCAGAGGGUAUCCCAGGAAUCUACUUCAAGUACGACUUUGAGCCCAUCAAGUUGUCGAUCAGCGAGAAGCGGCUUCCGUUCUUGCAGUUUGUUGCUAAGUUGGCCACUAUCAUCGGGGGAUUGGUCAUAGUCGGGGGGUACUUUUACCGGUUGUACGAACGGUUGUUGCUGAUUUUGUUUGGCAAGAAGUAUGCCCAGAAGGAUACUGAAAGAAAGUCUGGAGGGCUUCUUGACAAGGAGGUUGGGGUUCACCGGGAGUAUUCGUCGUGA